AUGGUCAAGCACCGCUACGCGGACGAGCUGUACUCCCUCUGCGCCUGCUGCGACACCUUCUACACGGAGGCGAUGACGUGGCUCCCGAUUCCCGACUUGAUGACCAACAUUGCGAACGACCCAGAGUUCAAGAAGGACUUCCACGAGGGCAGGCAGCGCAAGAAGAACGGCGGCGGCAAAGAUGACUACCAGAAGGAGAGCGUCGGCCACAUCAGCGUCCACCAGCACAAGGUCACGCGCAAGGCGCUGAUCAUGAACAGAGAUGAGCUCAAGCAGUACUUCAACUACGUCCCGACGAAGAAGUCGAUCAAGGAGAAGGGCCUCGUCAUGAUUGAGCUUUGGUCUGAGUCGGACCUGGGGCCUGAGGAUACGUUCCUUUUCCAGUGGAGCCCGACUUGGGCUUUUUUGAGGUCUUAUUCUAUCUCCAUGAUCGUGAGCACGGAGAGGCGCGCCAUGUACAUGACCGAGGGCACGCAUCUGUUCUCGAGUCAGGCCGCGCGCGUGUUCGAGUGGAGCAUGGGCGAGCAGCAGCAUACGGGGGCUUUGAAGCUGAUGUCCUCGCUGAAGCCCCACGAGGAGUAUGGCUUCGCAGUGCCUCCUGAGAUUCUUCGACAGCAGCAGGCUUACGAAUCCAACAGGACCUCGAGCUUAUCGAGUCCGAGCUGCGCGCCGACUUCAGCAAUGGACCUGGGGGAUUCGCCGAUGGAGGCUGGCGGCGGGCCUUCUGGGCCGUACGAUGGCGACCUGGAGUCCAGCGCGCCCCCGACGACGAUUCGCGACGUCUGCGCUCAGCGCCCGCAGCGCAGGCUGCGCAUGGGCAGCUCGCUGUCAGGCACGACGCUCCCACUGGCAGGCCCAUCGACAUCCAGGACUCCUGGGAGCGUGGCCGGCAGCGGCCUCGGCGUGAUGGCCCCUCCUGCGACUGCCGCCGUCGUGGCUGCCGACUCGGCUAGCCAGUGCGGUGGAGGAGCAGACGCUAAGCUUGGCAAGGGGGAGUUUUGGGUUGCAAAGCUCCCGCUGCUCAAGGUGAUGACCCAGGGCAAGCUCGGGGUGCAGGCGUACCACGCCCGCGAGGAGCUCAAGAAGCUGAAGACCAAGGACAAGGACCAGUGGAACAAGCUCAGCCUGCACAUGGUGAAGUACGACCACGCCCACCUGCUCCACACGGACCAGAUUUUCACUGCCAACGAGACCGAGAUCCUUGACGCGUACAAGUCGCUCAGCAAGUCACUGGCGAUCCCAGCGAGUGUGAAGUCGGACUUGGUCAAGAAGACCUUCGAUGAUCGCCUGGCCUCGGAUGUCACGGACACGGACGCCAACAUGUUCUUUGACCUCAUGUGGCCGUGGCCUCAAUCAGGCGAUGCGGAGAAAGAGUUUGACCCGAAGCAGCCCAAGCUGCACCUCGUGGAGAUCGAGGUUUCCGAGAAGAUCACAAUUUUCACCCAGAAGUUCCUCACGUCUGUGUUCAAUGCCUACAUCGAGAAAGGCAAGGCGUACUCUAACGGUUUGAAGCUUCUUGGUAAUCGCAUGUCAAAAGCAAUGGAUGAUCUGCUUGCCACGGAGACAGCACUCACCGCAGAGGUGACCGACUUCCUCGAAGCACUUGGCCUUAUGGUGAGCGGAGUCGUCAACGUGUGCGACCCGACCAGCGUGUGGACGACGGACGACGUCGACAACUAUUUUGCCACCAUUGCCUCCCUCGACACCAGCCGCGGAGAUUUCUACAGCGGCCUCGAAGGGAUUGCGAUCGCCGUUGGCGCAUGCGAGCACUACAAUAAGAUCUGGACGAUGCUCACGGACAACAGGGUGAUGGUGCAGGAGUUGAGUGAGGAGGUCGGCGAUGCCAUGAUGGCACUGAAUGCCGUGGUGCUUGACCCCAUGAACUUCACUGGCGCUUCAACUGCGGUCACAACUACGCUGGCGUGUAUCCCGAAGGUAUCGUGCUCUCUGGACUGGGAGAUCGCACGCCAGAUCAUUGACCAGACGAAGUCGGUGCUCGCUAGUAUGUCCAACUACGCCACGGAAGCCUUGGAGCGCGGCACCUUCUCGCAAGGCGACCGCGCGGGAUUCGGCCAGCUGCUGGGGAAGGCAGUCGACAUCAUGCCGCACGACGCCGACCUCGUGGAGAUGAAGGCUACCCUUGAGGAGGCCGACGCGACCAUGGCCCGCGACGCCAUCAAGGCCCAGGUGAGAGCGAUGUCCGAAGCGAUCCUUACCGACAAGAUGACGUGCGAGCUUCUUCGCAAGGACUUGCCUCUGGUCUUGGAGAGGGUCACCCCCGCCGAGCUGGGUGAUGAGUUGAUUGAGGUUCUCGGCGCGUGCUCCAUCGAGAUCGUCAAGGCGGCUGCUGAUGAUGAGGUGGGCAUCGCUGCCGCCGCUAACCAGGCAGCGCACGGCCUGCACGACUUCCUCCCUGUUGAGAUCGUCGCUCCGCAGCGGGCGUGCCUGGAAGCCGCGGGAGCUAUGCGGUCGCUGGAGCCCGCGGUGCAGGGGGUCACGGCCAAGAUCUUCGACGAGGAGGGGUUCUUGCAGAGGGAGCAAAUCGACCUGGGGGACCCUCAGCUUGCCCUCAUACGCUUCCUGUCCGAGAAGCUGUUCGCCUUCACCCACGAGGCGAGCGACUCCAACGCGGACUUGCACGCCUACGUGGUCGACAAAGUGUCCACCUUGAGGGAGAAGGCCGUCACGAUCUUGAGGACCGUCGGCUCCUUUGCAGUGGGGACGGCGCUGGCUGACUGCCAGGCGGCCGUGGCCAAGAUCCAGCCCUUCCUGCGAGGAGCUCCCGAUGGCGAAUCGUGGCUGAAUGGAGUUUCGGACAAGGACCAGGGCGUGUGGAAGAGGCUUUCCGACCACGCGGACGGGACCAUCAUGAGCAGCGCGGUCGGGAAGGCCAUCGGUUGCAUGAAGAAGGACCUGGACUCGUUGGCCAAGGCUUUGACCCUCUGGAAGAACGAGGCGUCCAAGUACGGGAUGCCCCUCAACACCGAGGAGGGUGAGUACAAGGACGCGGUGGACCAGCUACAGGCUGGUUGGCUCACUGUGGUCACAGGCUCUCUGUUUGCGGCCUUUAAGAAGGCCGAGAGCAAGCAGUCGUUGCGUGCCAUCUGUGUUAAGUUGAUGGGCCAGCUCAAAGAGCAAUCGGUCCUGCCAGAGAGGCUGCCGCCGGCGCUGGUGCAGCGCGUCAACCAGGCGAUGCAGCUACAAAUUCAAGUGCAAUAA